UUGUAUAAUUAAAAGAUGAAGAGUGAAGAAAACACUAGUCCAAAUGUUUCAGUAGAGAGCAAGACUAUGAAAAGGUUCAGUAAAGCCUUUGAUAAGGAAUUGAAUGGAGAUCUAGGUGAGAGCAGUGAAAUUCUUGGUAAAAAUAAAUGAAAUAAGUCUAAGUACAAAACCGGCCGCUGGACUGAUGAUGAGCAUAACAGAUUUCUGGAGGCGAUAGAUAAAUAUGGUAGAGACUGGAAGAAAGUUCAACAGUUUGUUGGAACUCGUUCAAGCACUCAAUCAAGAUCACAUGCACAGAAAUUCUUUAAGAAAAUUAACUUGACUGAAGUUAAGCCUGGUCUUGGACUGAUUAAGCAUAAAUCGCUGAAUGUUUCCUAUAAGGGGUUAAAGAAACUUAAGGUUAUUGAAGAAGAUAGCUCUGAUGAUGAAGAAAUUCUUAUAUGAAUAGAUAACAUCCACACUCCUCAUCCUAGAUUAAGAAAACCUGCCCCAACUUUAAAUGAAGAAGAGAAGUUAAAGAAGUCUAAAUCAGUAGCUCCCCAGAGUAAUGUGAAAGAGUUCAAGCCUGAAAAUGAUACCUACUUCUCUCCAGAAGAGGAAGACAAGAAAGAGGUCAAAGCAAAUUCUGAGAAAUUAAUGAAGCAGCCAGAUCUUCUCGCUUCAGCUCCGAAAAAUGCUGAGUCAGUGAGAACAACUGCAGCUGAUGAUUCUCUGGCUAAGGAUGGAAAGUCUUUUGACAACACUAAUGCAAGCAUUCAUGAUAAUGAGCUUGAUAAACAUCCCCUUGUUGGCAUGAAACCUUCACAAAUCGACUCAAAUGAGGAACCAGUCAAUCCAGUCAAACUCCAUAUUAGUGGAGAUGAAGGAGAAAACGAUAUUUAUAAAGAAAGAGGUCUAGGAUUUGGAGAAGACAACCUAAGUUGCCACUCUGAACACUUCAACAAAAACACAGAGAAGAUUCAUGAGCUUGAUGAGGAGAAGAAUCUUGGUCUUGAUGGUGAUCACUUUGGUAAUAAUGACCUUGAAAUGGUAUUCCCAGAUAAAAUCCCUCAUCUCGACAACGAUAAAGCUCCUGAGCUUCACGAAUUUGAGAAGGACUAUGAUAUCAAACCUUUUGGGAACGAUGUUGACGAAUUUAGCCACCAUUCGAGCAUACUACACAACGAGUUCAUGGAACGUCCUUCUGCAGAAUUAAACUAUUUUUAAUCCUGUUUGUAACCUGCUUUAAUAUUAUCAUUUUCAA